CGGGUCCCUUCCUGUUUGCCUGUCCGUGGUGUACUCACGUGGAGUUGGAUGGAUUAAAAGUUUUCCCCUUGAAUCACGGAACCUUCUUCUAUCAAAAUGACACAACUGGACGGCGUUGUAAAACCGAAAACCAAGCGGUCCAAAAGAUUUCUGCAAGGCAGAGAGCCCAAACUAAUAGAAAACGUUAAGACUGCCAUGCUAAUUAAAGGUGGGAACACAAGUGAAACGGUCACACAAGCCCUGAAGGAUAUUUAUGCCUUGAAGAAACCUAGUGCUGUUCUGUACAAAAAGAAAAAUAUAACACGUCCAUUUGAAGAUCAGACGUCAUUGGAAUUUUUUUCCAAGAAGUCUGACUGCUCUUUGUUUUUAUUCGGCUCACACAACAAAAAACGACCAAACAACCUCAUAUUUGGUCGCAUGUUUGAUUUCCAUGUGCUGGAUAUGAUUGAGCUGGGCAUCGAGAAGUUCACGUCUCUGAAAGAAAUCAAGAAGAGCACCUGCCCUGAGGGGACCAAGCCCCUGCUGGUGUUUGCAGGAGAGGCCUUUGACACGGAUAACGAGUACAAACGCCUUCGGAGUAUUCUCACAGACUUCUUCAGGGGCCCGACCGUGCCCUCUGUGCGAUUGGCAGGACUGGAGCAUCUCCUUCACUUCACGGCCCUUGAGGGGAAGAUCUACAUGCGCAGCUACAAAGUCCUGUUGAAGAAGUCUGGGUGUCGGACACCGAGGAUCGAGCUGGAGGAGAUGGGACCCUCGUUCGAUUUUGUAAUGAGGAGAACACACCUGGCCUCUGACGACCUGUAUAAGACUGCACACCGGCAGCCCAAGGCUCUGAAGCCCAAGAAGAAAAAGAACAUUUCCCAUGAUGCCUUUGGCACCAAAUUUGGUCGGCUGCACAUGCAGAAGCAGGACCUGGAAAAGCUGCAGACGCGUAAGAUGAAGGGUCUGAGGAAGAGGAGAGGGGACACAGAGGGAGAGGAAGACACCACCACAAAAAUGGUCAAAAUGGAUGAGUGAAGGCAGGCUAGACCUCCGGACAAAGUGAAGAUUGUGGGUGUGGGUGUUGGUGUUGGAGGAAGCGGGACAGUGCAUUGUUAUGAUAUUACAUCCUUGGACGCAUGGGGUCUUAACAAUGAUUGGUGUCGGAUUCAGCGCCUUUCACUUACUGUGUCCAACAGUUACUGCUCCACUGCAAUGGUGAUAUCAUCAGCGCCGUCACACAAGAAUUACCUGUUCAGAGUUAUUAAAGCAUACCACGUUUUUACAGAAACACUCCGACUCGCUUAUUACUCAUUCUCGUUUCGUUUUCUGCCUGCCUGCUGUAAGAAUGAAGGAUGAAAUUGCGUAAGGCGUGUGCCUUUGUGAGCUGUGUGAGCGGCGUUGCUUCCAAGUCUUUGUUCCUGCCCUGACUUUGUUCCUGAGGGUCCUGCAUUGUGCACCGGCUGUAGCAGACAGACAGCCUCUCUGGAAAGAAGCCACACGCUAUCCCUGUCUGCCUUCUGAGAACAAAGACGUCAAAUAAACCACUCGCGAAGUUUCAAACGUAGAUGGCGCUGGAGCUGUUUGUGGUGCCUCAUCGGAGCCACAAGAUAA